CUUUAAUUUAUCCCUGAGUUGACAAUUGGCCAGCUGAUUGACUAUGAAAUCGCUCAGUUCUAAUAAAUUAUAGAAUUAAGCAAUAUUGUGAAAGGCUGAAAAAUCAGAUGUUUUCUAGCUAUCCAAGGACGUAGAUCUACCGGGCCAGUAGUGUAGAUAAAAUAUUCAUCACACAUUUUACUGUUGAAAGUGUUCAGUGCCGGCCGUCUGUUAAAGGUAGCAGGGUCUGGCUCAUUUCAUUAAACCCCCUGUACAUGAAAGAAAACUUCAAUGGAUCAGUUCUGUGGUUCCGAAUUUUGGAACACCUCCCUGACCUGGCAGACCGAUGAUCCAGACUUCACGAUAUGCUUUGAAAAAACCGUUCUCGUGUGGGUCCCCUGUUUGUUUCUCUGCCUUUUUACCGGCCUGGAGAUUUUCUAUAUCACCAAUAGUACCAGAAGAGACAUUCCAUGGAAUUUGCUGAACAGUUCGAAAGUUUUUGUGACUGCAGCCCUAUGUAUCUUAAUGAUCAGUGACUUUAUUACAAGUUUACACAAAUCAAGUUCACAGUUUGUGCCUAGUGUGGAUAUCUGCCAGCCUGUCGUCAAGUUUGCCUGCUUUUUGCUCACAGGCUUACUCGUCUACUACAACAAGAAAUAUGGGAUCCGAACAUCCGGACUUCUUUUUCUCUUCUGGUUCCUGUUGUCCCUUUUUGGGGCGGCACAAUUUCGAACCGAAAUUCGCACAGUGCAGAGAGAAGGUGCCCCCCGGUCUUAUUACCAGUAUGUCAGCUACUUAAUAUUUUAUCCUUUGGUUUUAUUGAUGUUUCUAUUGAACUGUUUCGCUGACCAACCUCCUCGAGUUACUAAGUAUCCAAAAAAACAGAACGAAUGUCCCGAGGACGGUGCAGGUUUCUUGUCCCGAAUGCUAUUUUCAUGGUUUGAUACGUUAACUUGGAAAGGAUUUAAGAAUCCGCUGGAAAUGAAAGAUCUUUGGGAUUUGAAUCCGGCAGAUUCGGCGGCCGAAAUUGUGCCAAUUUUCGAAAAGCAUUGGCAAAACACGCUUUCAAAGUCCAAAGGGGUGCCAACACAAGUCCGAGCCCAACUUAAAGGCUCCGGCGAAGUGGACUUUCUCCCAGCAUCCAAAAAGGAAGCUUCAGUACUGCCAGCAUUAUUAAAGUCCUUCGGGCCCAUGUUUCUCUUUGGGGCUAUGUUGAAGUUAAUGCAAGACAUCCUCAUGUUCGUCAGUCCGCAGCUUUUAGGGUUUAUCAUCAAUUUCGUAAAGAAUGGCGGAUAUGCUUGGCAUGGCCCAUUUUUUGCAGUUUUGAUGUUCCUAACGGCUACCAUACAAACGCUGUUUUUAGCCCAAUAUUUCAAUAGAAUGUUCAUUGUUGGUAUGCGCAUCAGAACUGCUUUGGUCUCAACCAUCUACAGAAAAUCUCUAAAUAUCUCGAAUAAUGCUCGAAAAGAGAGGACAGCAGGUGAAAUAGUAAAUCUCAUGUCGGUCGAUGCACAAAAAUUCAUGGAUCUGACAACGUACUUAAAUAUGAUUUGGUCAGCCCCAUUGCAGAUCUGUUUAUCCAUGUACUUUUUGUGGCAAGAACUCGGUCCGUCCGUUUUAGCCGGUUUGGCGGUGAUGAUCAUUUUGAUCCCGAUCAAUGGGUUCAUCGCCGACAAAUCAAAGAAUUUGCAAAUUAAACAGAUGAAGAACAAAGACGAGAGGGUGAAGUUGAUGAACGAAGUGUUGAGCGGAAUGAAGGUGCUCAAGUUGUAUGCUUGGGAGCCAAGUUUUGAGGCCCACGUGUUGAAAAUCCGAGACAAGGAAGUGAAGGUGUUGAAGGAGGCGGCCUAUUUGAAUGCGGGAACUUCGUUUAUUUGGUCAUGUGCUCCAUUUUUGGUGUCACUGGUCACUUUCGCUACUUAUGUAUUAGUGGAUGAAAGAAAUAUACUUGAUGCGAACAAAGCAUACGUUUCUAUUUCGCUUUUCAAUAUUUUAAGGUUCCCCCUCAGUAUGUUGCCUAUGAUGAUUUCCAACAUGGUUCAAACAUACGUCUCAGUAAAGAGAAUAAACACGUUUAUGAAUGCUGAGGAGUUGGACCCUAAUAAUGUUAGUCAUGAUGAAACAGAAGCUGAUCCUCUUGUGAUUGAAAAUGGGUCUUUCUCCUGGGGCGAAGACUCUAUUUUAAAGGGCAUAAAUAUAAGAAUUCCUCAUAAGACUUUGACUGCAAUUGUCGGCAGUGUAGGGGCUGGAAAAAGUAGCUUAAUAUCCGCCUUUCUUGGGGAAAUGGACAAAGUGUCCGGAAGAGUAAAUACCUAUGGAACUGUCGCAUACGUUUCGCAACAAGCCUGGAUUCAAAACGCCACUUUAAAAGAUAACAUCCUAUUCGGAAAAUCAUACGACAAGGAUUUAUAUGAUAAAGUGAUUGAGGGUUGUGCUUUAAAGCCCGACUUUGAUAUGCUUCCUGGUGGAGAUCAAACGGAAAUUGGAGAAAAAGGCAUAAACUUAUCUGGAGGUCAGAAACAACGAGUGAGCUUAGCUAGAGCGGUUUAUGCCGACGCGGAAAUCUACUACUUAGACGAUCCACUUAGCGCUGUGGAUUCUCAUGUAGGCAAACACAUUUUCGAUCAAGUUUUAGGACCCACAGGGCUAUUGAAAAACAAAACUAGAGUUUUAGUUACUCAUGGGAUCAUUUAUUUGCCCCAAACCGACAAAAUAUUCGUUGUAACACAAGGGGAAAUAUCGGAAAGUGGUAGUUAUCAGGAAUUGUUAGCUAAAAAGGGAGCUUUUGCUGAAUUCCUUCUGCAACAUAUUCAGGAACAUGAUGAAGAUGCUGAAGAAUUGGACGAAAUUAAAAAGCAAAUCGCUCAACAAGUGAGCGAUGAUCUUUCUAAGCAAUUGGUGCGAAAACGGUCUAAAAUAUCAGAGUCCAAGUCUGAUUCUGGAUCUAAUCCAGCCCUAAAUGGGUCUUUGCAAAGACAGAAAUCUCAAGAUAGCAAUAAGGCCAAGAUGAAAGAAUCUGAGGGAGUAAAUGGGCCUGUUCAAGGCGAAAAGCUAAUUGAAGUCGAAAAAUCUGAAACGGGAAGCGUAAGCUGGCAAGUUUAUAAACAUUACAUAAUGUCUAUAGGAGUUGUGAUCGUUAUUAUUACCGUGUUUCUUAACAUGCUUUUCCAAGGGUUCAGUAUUGGAUCAAACGUUUGGUUAGGAAUUUGGGCUGAUGAUACAAAAAUGGUCGAUAGCAAUGGAACGGUUGAUACCGCAAGACGAGAUUUAUAUUUGGGUGUAUAUGGAGCUUUAGGAGUCGGGCAAUCUGUUUUCUCAGUUUUCCUGCAGUUAAUUCCCGAAUUGGGCUGUGUUACAGCCGCAGCUAUUUUGCAUAAACAUUUGUUAAAUAACGUUUUGCGUUUACCGAUCAUGUUUUUCGAUACCACACCCACCGGACGAAUAUUAUCUAGGUUUUCCAAAGACGUAGAAGUUGUUGACGAUACUCUACCUUGGUAUAUUAACGAUGGCAUGUAUUGUAUUUUCGAGGUUCUUGGUACCUUGGCGGUUACCAGUUACACAACUCCACCUUUUACGAUAAUUAUCGCUCCUAUUGGAAUUUUAUACUAUUUCAUACAAAGAUUCUAUGUGGCCACUUCCCGACAAUUGAAACGUCUUGAAUCCGUAUCAAGAUCGCCGAUUUACUCACAUUUUGGUGAAACUGUUAGCGGAGUUCAAGCGAUCAGAGCGUAUGGACAGCAAGCAAGAUUUACCAAAGAAUCAGAGUACAAAGUGGACCAAAACCAGCUUUGCUACUAUCCUAGCAUAAUUUCGAACCGCUGGUUAGCUGUUCGAUUGGAAAUGAUCGGUAAUUUGAUCAUACUGUUUGCGGCGCUUUUUGCUGUUUUGGCUAAGAAUCAAAUGCCUGGUUUGGUUGGAUUGUCCAUUACAUACUGCUUGCAGAUUACGCAAACACUCAACUGGCUCGUACGAAUGACUUCGGAUGUUGAAACAAACAUCGUGGCCGUUGAACGCAUUAAAGAGUACGCGGAAGUUCCCCAGGAAGCGCCUUGGAAACUUUCCCAUGAGAUCAUGCCGUCUUCUUGGCCGGAAACGGGCGCGGUUACAUUCAAAGACUAUUCCGUCAGAUAUCGUCCUGGUUUGGACUUAGUCUUGCAUGGCGUCAAUUUUACAGUCAACGGCAGCGAAAAAGUGGGCAUAGUCGGCCGAACGGGAGCGGGAAAAUCCAGUCUAACCCUCUCACUGUUCAGAAUAAUUGAGGCUGCUGAGGGCCAAAUAAUCAUCGACGGUGUAAAUGUGGCUUUGUUAGGUUUGCACACUUUAAGAUCUCGCUUGACUAUUAUUCCUCAAGAUGCUGUGCUCUUCUCUGGAUCACUCCGAAUGAAUUUGGAUCCGUUCGAUAAGCACAGUGACGACGAAGUAUGGAAGUCUUUGGAAUUGGCUCAUUUGAAGACGUUUGUUCAAGGCCUAUCAUCUGGUCUGAACCAUGAAAUCUCGGAAGGUGGAGACAACCUUUCAGUUGGUCAACGCCAGUUGGUUUGUCUGGCCCGAGCGCUGCUUCGUAAAACCAAAGUUUUAAUCUUGGAUGAAGCGACUGCCGCUGUUGAUUUGGAAACUGAUGACCUGAUCCAGAGAACCAUUCGAACGGAGUUCAAAGAUUGCACAGUGCUGACUAUUGCGCACAGAUUGAACACAAUCAUGGAUUCAGACAGGGUUAUCGUUCUGGAUAAAGGAAAGGUGGUCGAGUUUGAUUCGCCAGCCAAUUUACUCAAACGACCUGAGAGUAUUUUUUACGGAAUGUGCAAGGAUGCAGGUCUGGCUUAAGGAGCAGCAUUAGUACAAAUUCAGUUCAUGUCAUUUUAUUUGCUUAAUGCAAAAAGUGCUUCAGUUUUUUUAUCGGUUUUACUUAAGGUACGAUACUUACAACGCUCUUUAUUGGAGGGAAGUCAGUGCUUUUUUCUUAACUGCGAAUUACUUUGGAACAUUUAUUUUAAUUGUAAUUGAGAUUGGCUAAAAAAUGACUACUUAUUGUUUCUAAACUUAUCUUCUAACGGCUGUGUGAUCAAACGUUUUUGCUUAAUUAAUCAUUUUCAUGUAGUAUCACAUGAAACAUUUCAUCGUGUUCAAUCUUCAAAAGUUUACUUAAAAAGUCUAGGUGAUGUUUUAGUUUAAAGCUCUUUGUAUGGGUGGGGUUUAAAUACUCUGAUGAAGCUCUAUUCUUGCCUUAUCCUAUCUUGUGAUGUUGACAGAAAUAAAUUAUCUCUAACUUACUAUUAACUUUUUUAGAUAUAUGUAUUUAAGGGCGUUUAAACAGUUUUCUUCGUUCUUUACGCUUUUCAAUAAUGAUACUAUAGUAAAUAAUCAAAUCAACACCAAAAGACGAUUUAUAUGCAUUAAAAAGUGUCAAUUUUUUUAUACUUUCUACACAUUUUUAAAUUUCUUUUGGGCAUUUUAGAACAAUGAACGAUUCAUUAAUGAACUAUUAGUGUUUUUUAAAUGUGGUUUUUGUUAGUUUUUCACCCCUUUCAAUGUUUUUUUUUGCAUUAUAUGUACACGAUUGUAGAUAUUGUUCGUUAGGCGCCUCGAUAAAAUUAAGGUCGCAUUAGUUUUCAAAAUAGAGAUUAUUAUUUGUUUACAUUUUACAUUGCAAACUUUAUCAAUGUCUAUGUAUUUUUUUUAUUAAACACUUUUAUGACAU